AUCCUCUUCCUAUUUAAAUCUCAAACCCACUUUUCUCAUCUACCCCGUUUAUAACAACAAAAGCUAGCUACCUUUUUUAUCUUUUUCUUAUCUCCCUUUUCCAAAAUGUCUAGGCCAACUGUAAGAAAACAAAUCUUGGAGAAGAACAAUAUUUCAAAAGAGAAAGAGAAAACAAACAGUCCAAGACUUUUCUCUAAACACCUCAAAAGAAUCUACCCAAUUGGUCUUCAGAGAAGCAAUUCAUCUCUUUCCUUAUCAUCAUCUGUUUCAUUGUCUCUCUCAGAGAACUCAAACGACUCUUCAUUGACAGAUUUUGCUUCUCCACUGGAUCAGAAAAUCUCUUUGGCUCUCCGAUUGAUUGCACCUCCUCGAAGAAAAGAAACCCCAGCUCCGAAAAUUGAUCAGCAGCAGACUCUGGAUGGUGAUACUGGAGAACCUAGAAGGUGCAACUGGAUAACAAAGAACAGCGAUAAAGUUUACGUAGCAUUUCACGACGAGUGCUGGGGUGUUCCAGUUUACGAUGACAAUCAAUUGUUCGAGCUGCUUGCAAUGUCUGGAAUGUUGAUGGAUUACAAUUGGACUGAAAUUCUUAAAAGAAGGGAGCUUUUCAGGGAAGCUUUUUGUGGGUUUGAUCCAAACACUGUGGCUAAAAUGGGGGAGAAAGAGAUCACAGACAUAUCAUCAAACAAAGAAAUCAUGUUGGCAGAGAGCAGAGUAAGAUGCAUAGUAGACAAUGCCAAAUGCAUAUCAAAGAUUGUUAUAGAAUUUGGAUCUUUCAGCAACUACAUGUGGGGAAACAUGAAUCACAAACCAGUUAUCAAUCGGUUCAGAUAUCCAAGAAAUGUUCCUAUUAGGAGCCCAAAAGCAGAAGCAAUUAGCAAAGAUUUGGUAAAACGUGGGUUUCGUUUUGUGGGGCCAGUGAUUGUGUAUUCAUUCAUGCAGGCUGCUGGGUUAACGAUCGACCAUCUUGUGGAUUGUUACAGGCAUAACGAAUGCGUUAGCCUUGCAGAGAGACCUUGGAGGCACAUUUGAUUUAAGUCUAAAAACCAUCAAUGUGUAUACCAAAAAAAAAAAAAAAAAGGGAAGGGAAAAACCAAGAAUAACUAAUGGCCGUAAUUCCACAUAAACCCUACAUCACAAUUAACUCAUGCAUAAUAUAGAAAGAGAGAGAGGGAAUAUAAUAUAUAUAUAUAUAUAUAUAUAGAGAGAGAGAGAGAGAGAGUUAUGAUAUGCUAGAAACAUAUUUUUAAUUUAUGUUUGGAAGUGUGUUGACGUGGUAAGUGUUAGGGAUAGCACAACUUAAUUAAUGAUAUAAAUAUAAAUUUACAUGGCAACCAUUAGCAUUUAUCACGUCACUACCAUUUCUGGCAACCAUUAGCAUUUAUCACGUCACUACCAUUUCUGAUAGAAACAAUUUUUCAACAUAUCAAAAUUGUAUUUAUAUUUGUAUUUUAAAAUUAAAAUAAAAAUAUGCAUAUGGUUAUGCAUGAAAUGGACAAGGGAACCAAAUGGAUUGUUUAGACUAGCUUAAGUUGCCUUUUUUGUUAAUCAAGCUUCAAUUUUCGCAUGGAGGAGGACUUAAAACCGAACUGAAAUGCCCCCGCUAUCAAUUGUGUACAAGUUGUACCCCAUAUUCAACUGGCUAGCUUUGUUCAUUUUAUUUUUUGGGUUGGUAAGAUUAUGUAAUUUUUGUGUAUUUAUGUGAAACAUGGUGCAAAAUAUGUUUAAUUAUGUUAUAAUUAAACAGAGGCACGUAGACAAAUAAUUUCUUUCAUGAGUGGGGGUAAAUAAGAUCUGUUUGAGGCAGAGUUCCAAGAGUUUGUUGACAUGUAAUUUUAGUUUUGUUGGAAACUAUAUAUUUAUUUGUGGCUUGUAUAGGAAAACAUGUAUAAAUGCAAAAUUCUUUUGUUUU